AUGAAGCUCUUAUAUUCAACGCUUUAUUCCCUUGCUCUGUUACUUUGCUUAGCAUCUCUGACUGAUGCCAAAGUCCACAAGGCAUCCAUCAAGAAGAACCCUGUUACCGACUCGUACAAGGACGUUGCCUUCGGAGACUACGUGAACUCGUUGAAGUACAAAUACGUCACUUCAUUCAAUAAACAUUUGGCCGCCCAUGGGCAAGACCCAUUGGGUUUCAUUCCAGUCAUGGAAUUAGCCGAGCUCGAGGCAAAGGGUGGACACAGCACUCCAUUAACCAAUUACCUGAAUGCCCAAUACUUCACCGAGAUCCAGCUGGGUACCCCUGGCCAAUCCUUCAAGGUCGUCCUUGAUACCGGUUCCUCCAACUUGUGGGUUCCAGGUAGCGAGUGCUCCUCGUUGGCUUGUUUCUUGCACACCAAGUACGAGCACGACGACUCUUCUACCUACAAGAAGAACGGUAGCUCAUUUAGUAUCCACUACGGUUCCGGAUCUCUUGAGGGUUACGUUUCCCAAGACACUUUGACUAUCGGAGACCUUAUCAUUCCAAAACAGGACUUCGCCGAGGCAACCAGCGAGCCAGGUCUUGCUUUCGCUUUUGGUAAGUUUGACGGUAUCUUGGGAUUGGCCUACGACACUAUUUCCGUCAAUAAGAUUGUUCCACCUGUUUACAACGCCAUCAACAAUGGGUUGCUUGACGCUCCUCAAUUCGGUUUCUACCUUGGAGACACUCAGAAGUCUGAAGACUAUGGUGGAGAGGCCAUUUUCGGAGGCUACGAUGCUACUAAGUUUACUGGUGACAUCACUUGGUUGCCAGUCAGAAGAAAGGCUUACUGGGAGGUCAAGUUUAACGGUAUUGCUCUUGGCGACGAAUACGCCACUCUAGAAAACCACGGUGCUGCAAUUGACACUGGAACCUCUUUGAUUGCUCUGCCAUCCCAACUUGCCGAGAUCCUGAACGCUCAAAUCGGUGCCGAGAAGACCUGGUCUGGACAAUACCAGAUUGAUUGUGACAAGAGAGACUCAUUGCCAGAUCUCACCUUCAACUUCGACGGCUACAACUUCACCAUCACUCCUUAUGACUACACUUUGGAGGUGUCUGGUUCGUGUAUUUCUGCAUUCACUCCUCUGGACUUGCCAGCUCCAAUCGGUCCUCUGGCCAUUAUUGGUGAUGCUUUCCUAAGAAAGUUCUAUUCCGUCUACGACUUGGGUAACGACGCUGUUGGAUUGGCUAAGGCUAUUUGA